AUGAGACCCGAGGCGGCGGCCGGAGCCCCGGAGGCGCGGGGACGCGUCUGUCAUUGCGUCGGGGACGGUGCCCGGGGACCACCGGCGCCGCGCCGGCCCGAGAGCCAAACUCCCUGGAGACCUUGGACCUUGACCCCUCAGGAAGCUGAGCCCACCAGAACUGGAAGUGAGCUUGAGCCUGGGGGUGAUCAAGAAACCUUUGGAUCGAAGGGGGCCUUUGGGUUUCAGCAUCCUGUCAGACUCUACUUGCCCAUUUCUAAGCGUCAAGAGUAUCUGCAGAGCUCCGGGGAGAAGGUGCUGGCCAGUUUCCCCGUGCAAGCCACCAUCCACUUCUACAACGACGAGUCUGAGUCAGAGGAGGAGCUGGAGGAAGACACCCAGCUCUCCGCCCUGCAGCGCGAGGAGGUGGCAGACGGCUCAGAGGGGAAGGCCAGAGACCGGUCGGCAAACCCGGUGUGGCAGCCCGGGGGCCUCGAUGGGAGGGGUCCACCCCCCGACCCUGACUCCCCCGAGGCUGCUGCUUGCCUCUCAAGCGUGUAA